AUGCUUCGCCCACUGCUCAGGCGAGGUCUUCACACCCCUCCCCGCUACGCCGCUGCAGCUGCUGCUACCCAGGCUCCCACCCCUCCGCCAGCAUCCACACCUCCCGCCGUUCGUUCGUCCAACACCGGUCCCGUCUUCCACAGCUCGCCACCGCAGCCCGUCGCCGUCUCCGCCUCCGGUGUCGCCUUCACGCUGGCGGAUGGCAGCCGCGUUUUGGACGGCAUGAGCGGCGGCGCGGCCGUCAGCUGUCUCGGAUCGAGCAACCCGGAUCUCGUCAAGAUCAUGGCCGAGCAAGCCGAGGCCAUGCCGUACGCAUACCACGGCGCGCUGCACCACUCCAAGUCCGAGGCGCUCGCGAGCUACCUCUGCAGCAAGAGCGAGGGCGCCUUUGUCGCUGGCGCAUUCUUCAACUCUGGUGAGUACCCCGUGUCUUAUUGGCUCGAGCGCGGCGAGCCGGACCGCACCUACAUCAUUGGGCGCGAGUACGCCUACCACGGGAACACGAUCGGCGCCCUCGGCGUAGGCUACACACCAGCCCGGCGCAACCUCUACAGUCCCUACUUCACAGACGUGUACCAGCGUGUGUCGAUGCCGUCCCCUCGACUCAUGCAGGAGGGCGAGUCCGAGGAAGCCUUCUCGCGCCGCAUGGCCGACGAGCUGGACGCCAAGAUCCGCUCCCUCGGAACGGAGAAGUGCGCCGCCUUCCUCGUCGAGCCUGUCGGCGGCUCGGGACCGGGCAUCAUCCCCCCGCCCCGAGGCUACUUCCCGGCCAUGGCCGAGGUGGUGCGCAGCCACGGCCUCCUCCUCGCCAUGGACGAGGUCAUGUGUGGUUCGGGCCGCAGCGGCGACCUGUUCGCGCACAAGACGGUCGCUGAGGGCGUCAAGCCCGACGUGGUCAGUAUGGCCAAGGGCCUCGGCGCCGCUUAUGUCUCCAUCUCAGCAGUCCUCGUCAACCAGCACGUCGCGGACACGAUCCGCGCCAACGGGCCCUGGAAGAACUCGCACACGUACCAGAACCAUCCCGUCAACUGCGCCGUUGCGCUCGCUGCCGUGCAGAAGAUUGAGAAGCUUUUCCCCAACGUGCGGGCCCGUGGGGAGCAGAUCGUCGCUGAGCUCCGGGAGGCGUUCCGCGGCGAUCCCGUCGUGUACGGCGUGCGCGGACAGGGACUCUUCAUUGGCACAGAGUUUGAGGUGCCCAAGGGGCUCAAGACGCGCUUUGCGCCCCGCGUCAAGGAGGUCGCGAUGAAGAAUGGGCUCAUCAGUCUGGGCAUCACGGGCGGCAUUGACGGUGACGCUGGCGACGUCCUCAUGCUCGCGCCCGCUUACACCAUUACCGAGGCCGAGGCGAGCGAAAUGGUGCGUAUCGUGAAGCAGAGUGUCGACGAGGUCAAGAAGGAGCUGUUGUAA